AAACGUUGCUGUUUAAUUUACUGAUCCUGGGUGAACUGACUGAUGAUUGUGGACGCGUUUGGAGAAGGAAUUCACACGACUUGUAUAUCCUGGAAAUCACCAAUCCUACUUCAAUAAGGCCAAACGAGUCAUCUGAAGCAUGCAGGUUUGAUGAGCUCCUCCCUCAAAUAAGAUGUAGUCUUCCAAAAGACACUCUUUUCUCCCUGAGAAGAAAAAGCACAGCAAAAGAAACAAAUCGCCCAUCGUUUGAUGAGAAAGAAUUAGAGAGCGACGAAGUUCAGCGCGUGUGGCAGUAUCUUCAGCUGAUCAAGGAGGAACCUGAACUUAUCCAGCAGUUUUACUAUGACCCGAACGUUAAACGCACGAGUCCGGCCGAAUGUCUUAAAACAUUAAUCAGGAACUGUGGAGUUAAGAACCCGUCAUGGUCUGAACUUCGAUAUUUUGUGAACUUUUUGAACUACCAGCUCAGGGAUUGCGAGGAAAGUACGUUCUGUAACACCUCAUUGGUAGAGGAUACCUUAGAAGGAUUCCGGAAAUUUGUGGUUAACUUCAUGAUAAUAAUGUCAAAGGAUUUCUCAAUGCGAUCUUUAACUGACAUAGACACCAGUCAGACUCACGGGGCAUCGGCCGAUUCAAAGGAAGGGGACGACAUUGUUCCCUUCCGGCUUCGGAGACGUUGGGAGGAGACGCCUCAUCCAUAUAUCUUUUUUAACCCGGAUCAUGAUACCAUGACUUUCCUCGGAUUCCGUGUUGAUCAAGAGGGAAAUCUUCUAGAUCCGCAGACUCGGAAAAUCAUUCAAGAAGGGAUCAUGACAAGACAUCUUCGCACGGGACUUUAUGUACAGAAAGUGGAUUUGGAAAACAGCUUUGAGUCCUAUUCAAAGUUUCAAAAAAUCGAGCUGCUGUGCGCUGUCAUGGGUAUCAACUACGGACAUGAUCCUGAUGACUCUUACGAGCUGACGGGUGAUAAUGUUAAGAAAAUUCUUGCCAUCUAUAUGAGGUUCAGAUGUAACAUUCCAGUCAUAAUCAUGGGUGAGACAGGAUGUGGAAAAACAAAACUUAUUCGAUAUUUGUGCGGACUGCAAACAGAGGGAGUAAGGCAAAGAAACAUGCUGUUAAUGAAGAUCCAUGGCGGUACCACUUACAAAGACAUAGAAAAAAAUGUCCUUCAAGCCGAGGCAAUGGCUAUUAAUAACAAACAUGAAGGCACAAAUAUCGACACCGUUUUGUUUUUUGAUGAGGCAAAUACCACCGAAGCUUUAGGGAUGAUUAAAGAGAUUAUGGUGGACCGGAGAUGUAAUGGUCGGCCCCUAAGUGACAGUUUGAAAUUCAUCGUGGCUUGCAAUCCAUAUCGAAAGCACACGGACGAAAUGAUACAGAAACUAGAAUCCGCAGGAUUGGGCUAUCAUGUAACAGCUGAGGAAACUGCUGAACGCCUCGGUAAAAUCCCACUGCGUCAGCUUGUUUAUCGUGUUCAUGCAAUACCAGAGAGCAUGUGUAGUCUAGUCUGGGAUUUUGGACAGUUGAAUCCGGAAGUAGAAGAGCUUUAUACCCAACAGAUUGUGAGGAGAUAUGUUGCUCAAGGUCGUCUACCCGGAGAUGAAAACUUAGUCAGUGCCAUAGCAAGUGUUUUAGCAGCUUCCCAGAGAUUCAUGAGAGAGAAAAAGGAUGAAUGCAGCUUCGUUAGCUUACGUGACGUCAAAAGAGCCAUGGAGGUCAUGCUGUGGUUUCACGAACACUUCCAGCACUUUUCUUCUUUGAUGCAAGAGAAGGAAAGUGACAAUGAAGACGAUGGCGAGAAUGAAGACGAAACCGAAUUUCAUGUGCUGCAACCCAAUCUGAAAGAAGAACCACCCGCUUCUGUUGACGAGCUAUCCGUACUGAAAGAAGAAGAACAUGCAAGUUUCAAAGUGGAAAGGCGAAAGCUUAUCGAUUACUCGGGCAGGUUUAAUCCUCUCAAAGAAGAGGUUACCGUCAAAAGAGAAAUAGACGAGGGAUCAACCUGGUUCAAGUCCAUUUUAAAGCGGAUCCCCCAUGCUGCUCCUAGAAAAGAACGGGUUAUUCUUCCAGAAGAAACUCACACAGAUUCAAAGCCUCCUCGAUUCGAUCUAUCUAAUACGCUCGAGCUUGAAGAAUCUUAUAGCGGACUGUUCCUAGAAGAAAACGGAGAUGUCAACGACAGGAUUGACCCAGUAACCUGGUCUUUAAUUCUUGCACUUGGUGUUUGUUACCAAGCACGGUUAACAGAAAGGGAGGAAUACCGCGAGGCAAUAGCAAAAUCAUUCCAACCACCAUGCAGGCUUCCUGGUGGAGCUGAGAGAAUUGAAAGAGAAAUUUCUCGAUGUCAAGAAACUUUGAUGGGGGAGUUAGAACUUGGACCCAACAUUGCUCGCAACGAAGCCCUUAGUGAAAAUGUGUUUAUGAUGGUGGUGUGUAUUGAGCUCAGGAUCCCAUUAUUUGUGGUUGGAAAACCGGGCAGCUCAAAAUCUCUGGCUAAGACCGUCGUCGCUGAUAACAUGCAGGGAGCAAGAUCCAGAUCUGACCUUUUCAAAAAGUUUAAGCAGAUUCAGUUGGUUUCGUACCAGUGUAGCCCUCAGUCCACCCCUGAGGGGAUACUUGCAACAUUUAAACAAUGCAGUGAACUUCAGGAAAGUAAGAACGAGCAGACAACUUCAGACACAUUUGCCUCUGUGGUAGUGCUAGAUGAGGUCGGAUUGGCAGAGGACUCACCAAAAAUGCCCUUGAAAACUCUACAUCCCCUGCUAGAUGAUGACCAAAACGACGAGUUUGUGAUCCAGUCUGGAAAGAGUUUUACAAGAGUUGCUUUCAUUGGUUUGUCCAACUGGGCGCUGGACCCAGCCAAGAUGAACCGUGGGAUAAUGCUUUGCCGUAAUGAACCUGAUGGUGACGAACUGGAGGCGACUGCCAGGGGUAUUUGUGGAUGUAAUGAGGACAUACUGACACAUAUAGAACAUCUUAUAUCCCCGUUGGUCCGUGGCUACAAAGACCUUUACGCCAAACAGAAAACAUUGAAGAAACUGACAGAGGGAAAGAAAGAUGAAUUUUUUGGACUGCGAGAUUUCUACAGUCUCAUUAAAAUGAUCGUCUGCAUCGCAAAAGAGCAGCAACGCCGACCAAACUGGGAAGAGCUCGAACAGACUAUUAAGAGAAACUUCAGUGGCCUUCUAGAGGAGGAUUUUAACCCUGUGAGAAUUCUUAUGGAUCAUAUUGGUUUUCCUGAGGAAUAUUUUCAGGAUGAAGAACGUACAGAAGUUGACUCUCUAGAUCUUAUAAGGGCAAGCUUGAAUCGGGAAAGCGUAAUGGGAGAUGGACGGUAUCUGCUCAUCAUGACUGAGAACUUUGCAGCUUUGCCAAGAAUAAAACAGCUUUUGUUGGAACAGGACGAGGAAGAACCAUACGUUAUAUUCGGUAGUGGUUUCCCUAAAGACCAGCUAUUCACACAGGUUUGCCGAAACAUCAACCGUGUUAAGAUGUGUAUGGAGACAGGCAGAACAGUAAUUUUGCUCAAUCUUGAAAACCUGUAUGAAAGCCUCUACGACGCCUUGAAUCAGUAUUACGUCUCGUUUGGAGGAGAGAAGUAUGUCGAUCUUGGGCUAGGGAAUAACCGAGUCAAAUGCCGCGUUCACCGAAAUUUCAGGCUUAUUGUCAUUGCCGAAAAGGACGUGGUUUACAACAAGUUUCCCAUCCCUCUGAUCAACCGCUUGGAGAAACACUUCCUUGUUAUGUCAUCUGGC